AUGUUUAGGAACAACUACGAUAACGAUACUGUCACCUUCUCGCCGCAAGGGCGCAUCUUCCAGAUCGAAUAUGCCACCGAGUCGGUCAAGCAAGGUUCAGUAGUCGUCGGCCUCACGGGCAAGACACACGCCGUCCUCUGCGCAAUCAAGCGCAACGCCGAAGAACUCUCCUCGUACCAAAAGAAACUCUUCGCCAUCGACGAGCACGUCGGCAUCGGCAUCGCAGGCCUCACCUCCGACGCCCGCGUCCUCUCCAACUUCAUGAAGAACCAGUGCCUCAGCCACCGCUUCACCAUGGCCCGCGCCCUCAAGAUCUCCGACCUCGUCGACAUGAUCGGCGAGAAGGAGCAGUACAACACCCAGCACUACGGCCGUCGGCCCUACGGCGUCGGCCUCCUCGUGGCGGGGGCCGACAACGAGGGUCCCCAUCUGUUCACGACGCAGCCCUCGGGCUUGACGGAGGAGGUGGUGGCUUUCGCCAUUGGUGCGCGGUCGCAGAUGGCGAGGACUUAUCUCGAGAAGCAUAUUGAGGAGUUUGCUGAGUGUGAUCGCGAGGAGCUCAUCACGCACGGCCUUAAUGCUCUCAAGGAGAGUUUGGCUCAGGAUAAGGAGCUUACGGUCGAUAACACUUCGGUGGCGUAUGUUGGUGUGGGGCCUAAUGGCAAGAUUACCGAUGUGUUCAAGGUGUAUGACGGACAAGACGUCAAGGACUGGAUCGAGGCCGCUAAUACUGAGAGGGCGGAGGGCAUGGAUGUUGAUGGUUGA